GUGAGCACGGGGAUGGGGUGUCUGCAUGGGCCAGAUCUGAAGCGCUAGCCCACACCUGUGCCCAGGGGCAGAGGCCGGAACCACGGAAGACUCUCCCCCAGGAACCCUGUGGAGAAGGUGAAGCGGGAUUCUUCAAGGAAAAGAGGGUGCUGAAGAGACAAACAGGAGAUGUCUGCACAUAUGGGCGCUGGUCCAUACUGGAACGCUUCAGGUCUACUGAGAACAGACCCAGUACCCGAGGAAGGAGAAGAUGUUGUUGCCACUAUCAGUGCCACUGAGACCCUAUCAGAGGAGGAGAGAGAAGAGCUAAGAAGAGAACUUGCAAAGGUAGAAGAAGAAAUCCAGACUCUGUCUCAAGUGUUAGCAGCAAAAGAGAAGCACCUAACGGAGAUCAAGCGGAAACUCGGGAUCAAUUCGCUCCAGGAACUAAAACAGAACAUUGCCAAAGGGUGGCAAGAUGUGACAGCCACGUCUGCGUACAAGAAGACCUCUGAAACCUUAUCUCAGGCUGGACAGAAGGCUUCAGCUGCUUUUUCAUCUGUUGGAUCAGUCAUCACCAAAAAGCUGGAAGACGUAAAAAACUCCCCAACAUUCAAAUCGUUUGAGGAAAAGGUUGAAAACUUAAAGUCUAAAGUAGGAGGAACCAAGCCUGCUGGUGGUGAUUUUGGAGAAGUCUUGAAUUCGACUGCAAACGCUAGUUCCACCACCACGGAGCCUCUUCCAGAACAGACACAGGAGAGCCUGUGAGAUUCCUACCUUUGUUCUGCUACUCACUGCCAGAUGCUGCAAGCGAGAUCCAAGCACAUCUUGUCAACAUUCAUUGCCAUGAAUUUCCACCAGAUGUGCUUUUGUUGAGCUUUACAUAUUCCUUUGACCAAAUAGUUGUGGGUUGAACAAUGUAAAAAUAUCUUAACCUCUAUUCCUGGGAAACACCCUUUUAUGUGCAUUUAAGGCCCUUUAUUUAGAAAAUAUCAUUAUAAAAACAUAUAUAGUACCUGGAGAUCCUCACUAGAAUGAUCUAAGAAGCUGUGGGUUAUCAUAAUUGCUUUCCUACUUUACAAAAUUGCUCUGGAUCUGGGAUACCAGUUUGAUCUUUGUCUUCUAUACAAUUUUCUUUUUUCCUCUUUGAAUCUCUGUAUAUUUGAUUCCUAGGUAAGAUUGUUCUUUAAAAUUUUCUGUAUCCUGGUUAUUAAAAGUUUUGGCAAAUUGUUCUUUACCUCCAAGGGAAGAACUACCAGGUACAAAAAAUAUUUUCAGAUAAAUAUUGUUUUGGAAUAAGUUAUCUUACAUCUUGGGUGUUUGAAGACACCAGACUAAAUAUUCAAUUUAUUAUAGUUUUGUAAGUGACAGUAUGUACAGACAGUAAUUCAAAAUCCUAGGCGACUUGAGAGUGGAGCCCUCACAUCCUUGUUUAUCACCAUCUGUGACAGUAACCAUUUCAGUGUCAUGGUCAUUAUGCGUCAUGGUUAUUGUGCCACUUACAGCUACUUAUUUUGCACCAGAUUAAAAUUUUAGUUUUGGAAUAGACUGUAAGUUAAUGUUCUGAAUCAAGCAUAUUGUAUUAUCAAUAGGUUGAAAUAUGAACACUGUCCUCAAACAUUCAGUUCAAAAGCCUGAAAGAUUUUUAGAUCUAGGUAGCUGAAAAGUGCUAAAAUCAAUCACAUUAGGGGAAACACUGUUGACUUCAUUUAAUUCAUUUAGCAGCAUUUACAGUAAGAAGCACACAUGACUAAUAUAACUUGAAAAAAUUUUAUACUAAGGGGUUGGUGAUAACUCCUGAGGAUUUAAUGCAUUAAUAAAAAUCAACUCAUCAUUUUCUACUUACUUGUUUUCAGUGUGUUCGAAAUUACAAAAUGAUACUGUAGAUAUUGCCCCCUGCUUUGAAAACUGAGUGUCAGGGCUGAAUGAACCAAAGCCUCUGGAAGUAUCUGCAUGGAGGCCAAGGUACUCUAUUAAUUCUAAUGACUACUUACUCAUCACCAUCUUUUUCUUAUGCUGUGUAUGGUUAUGGCCUACAAUGUUGUAUUUGUUAUUUAUCAAGUUGUGAUUGUUUUAUUAUUGUUUAUGCCAAAUGUUAAUUGCCAAGCUUGGAGUGACCUAAAGCAUUUUUUAAAAGCAUGACUAGAUUUACUUUGGGAUAAAUUAUCUUAUCCAAAUCUGAAAAGCUACAAGUGUUGAUUGUUAUAAAAUAUUGAUAACAUGCUGCCAUUCUUGAUUGCUGGAGCUUUUGUUAGCACUUCAGAUGCAACUGAAACUAUGCUCUAUUACAUGUGAAAAGCUUAAUAAAUUGUGUAUAUCAGUAGUAUAGGUCUCAAUAUUUAUUAUGAGACCAGUGGUCUGGAAACAGCUUGUUGUGUUACAUAAUCAACCGGUAUCUAUGCUUUAAAAAAAAAAAAAGGCCGUUUUUUACCAUCUGCUUUAAAUCACUGCUUCAUGGUAUUAGACUACCAUAAAUUAUUUACUUGAAAAGGCUUUAAGGCAAAGGUUGUUGAAGCAUUGUCCUAGAGGAGUCGACAUGUAGAAAUUUGUCUUUUUAUAGAAAUAUUGUGGUUACUCAACAUAGCUGUUAAAUUAUUUUUUCAACCAAUUAGUCUUUCAGUUGUUUUUAUCACAUCUUCUUUUCAUCACGUUGUUUCUUGGAUGUCCAGCCCUAUUGUUGUCUUUUUAGCAAAGCAAAAUGGAGAAGAUGGCAGUUUCUUUAGUUGAGUGAAAUAUCCUCAAGUCUCCUUACUUUAUGAGAGAAAUGAUAGAACUAGGGUUGGAAGGUGGGAUGGGUGUAUGUGGGUAUUGGUGAUGGCUGUAAAAGAAUAAAUUGGAGAAUCACUGUUCUAGACAUCUACCUACACUUAAUUUAGAAAUGAUUUAAUCUAUUGCAGAGUACUCUGCCUCUUAAAAGCAACAAAACAGUAGAGGGACGAUAAAUUUAGAAAAAUAAACAUCGACUUAGAAAUAUGAUUCCAAGUAGUCUUUGUGGAAGAUUCAAUAUUAUGAAUUCACAGAUAUUUAAGCAGUUUAGAACACAGUAAUCACUAAGAACAGCAGAGAGGGGUCCCGGUCAUUCUACUGUGUUUUGUGUUUGACACUGGAAAAACAUAGCAACAAGAGUGAAAUCUCAGAUAUUUAAGGAUUCAAGAAGUGUGACAGAAGAAAAUAAUUCCUGAAAUUAUCCCCUUCUUACAAAGGAACUCCUUAAUUUAUGGAGUUUGUGGGAAAUAAAGCAAGAAUUCUCAUACCUAUGAGGCCAAAGUAAUCAAUGGAAGAGAGGAGAAACCAUUGGAUUAUCCUAGUAGUAACUGAAACUACUGAAAUAGAGAAAAAACAUGUUGAAUUUGGACUCACUACUUCUGGAUCUGUUAAGGAAAAGAUAAUACUGUCUAUUUUUUUUUGUAUAGUAUUUGAAAACAAUAAAAAUUCUAUAAUUUGGGCAUGG